AUGACAAAUAUUCAUUACCGAAUGAAAACACUCGGUUUUCUACUUCUAUUUCUACUCGCUUCGCCAAUUACAUUGUUCAUUACAUUAGUGACACUGUUUAUUCAUGUCAUCACUCGGAAACCAGCAGUUACCAAUCCCCAUGCCAAACGAAUUUUAAUAUCUAAUGCAGGAAUGACAAAAGCAUUACAAAUGGCACGUUCAUUACAUUCAGAUGGUCAUUAUGUUGUUUUCACUGAAGAAUAUCCUUUGGCAACACAUCGUUAUUCUCGAUGCGUCUCAAAAUUUCAUCUCUGUGCUGACAGCGAUGAUCGACCAGCAUAUAUUAAAUCCAUCACUGAUAUUGUUCGACGAGAACGGAUCGACCUAUAUGUACCUGUGUCACAUUCUUCGACUGAGCGGGUGGAUGCUCGUAUUCGAGAAGUUCUCUUGCAAUUCAAUUGUGAAACGUUUCAUGGAACUGUCGAACAGCUGGAUAUGUUAAGUGAUAAAUGUGCAUUCAUUGAUCAAGCUCGUUCUUUUGGCUUGACCGUACCAAAAUCGUAUCGAAUUACUGAUCGUCAACAGGUGCUGGAUUUCGAUUUUUCCAAAGAAAAACAUGAAUUUAUUCUGAAAAGUAUAGCUUAUGAUAGCAUCUCUCGCUUGAACUUACGUAAACUUCCAUGCCAUACUCGACAAGAGACGAUUGAUUAUGUCAGCAGUCUGCCUAUUGGUAAAGAUUCACCAUGGAUUUUGCAAGAGUUCAUUCCCGGAAAGGAAUACUGUACACAUGGAGCAGUUCGAAAUGGAGAAUUAAGAUUAUAUUGUUGUUGCGAAUCAUCGCCAUGGUUACUUCAAUAUAAACAUAUUAACAAUAAACCUUUAAUUCUUGAAUGGGUGUGUGAAUUCUGUGCACGAAUCAAUCUCACUGGACAAGCUUCAUUCGACUUUAUUGAAAGCAUUGAAGAUGGUCGACCUUAUGCGAUCGAAUGUAAUCCACGAACUCAUACAGCAAUCACCGCAUUCUACAAUCAACCACUUGUAGCUCAAGCUUAUCUCGAUAAGGAACCACUUACUAGUGGUCCAAUCCAACCAUUGUCUACUGCUCGUGAAACUUACUGGCUCUAUCAUGAAUUGUGGAGUUUAUUUCGCAUCCGAUGCUUUCAAGAUUGGCUAUGUCAUUUUAAUCGGUUAUUUCACGGUAAAGAAGCAAUUUAUUCAAUCGAUGAUCCACUUCCGUUCUUGCUUCACUAUACAGUUCAUAUGCCGUAUUUGUUACUCCUUAAUUUAUUGCAUCCGAGACAAUACAAUAAAGUCGAUUGUGCUUUAGGUCUCAUUCUAUAG